UCAGGGAUAUUUGGAUUUUCUCAGUCUGGAUGCUGUAGCCCGGGGUCGGACUCUCUCUUCUCUCAGGCUUCCUUGUGUGUGUGUCGCGGCGGCUGUGUGUGAGGACGCUGCAUGUCUGGUAUCCAGACAUGGGCCCCUCGUUUCGCUCUGGGAUUACUCUCUGCCUGGCCAUCACCUUGGCUCAGGUGAUAACCGUCACAUGCCAAGAAGCUAUCAAGAAUGAUACCUGCACAGAAAAUGGAAAGGUCCAUGCCCACAAUGACAUGUGGAACCCGGAGCCAUGUCGGAUCUGUGUGUGCGACAUGGGGACCGCUGUGUGUGAAAACGUGGUGUGUGAGGACCUCAACGACUGUCAGAAAGCCAUGACCCCCGAGGGCGAGUGUUGCCCGGUGUGUGUGUCUGCAGCGUCGGCAUCAACUCCGAGUGCAGACCCCUCCACAGCUGCAGAUGAGAAGGAAGGAGAGAGCUGCACGUUCGAAGAGGACGUCUACGGGCACAACGAGAUCUGGAAGCCAGCGCCGUGUCGCGUGUGUGUUUGUGACAAUGGCGUGGCCAUCUGCGACGAGGUGCAGUGUGAGCUGCUGACCAACUGUGAGAAGGUGGUCACGCCUGAGGGGGAGUGCUGCCCGGUGUGUGAAAACUUCGCCAGUGCCGGCCGGAGGAUAGAAAUUCUGGGCUACAAGGGACAGAAAGGUGAACCCGGUGAUAUCCCAUAUGUGGUAGGGCUUCCUGGACAUUCAGGUCCCUCGGGUCCUCCAGGAAGUCAGGGAGUAACUGGACCCAGAGGCUUUAAAGGCAGAAAAGGAUUUGUAGGGCCGCAAGGAUUUGAUGGAGAGCCCGGUGUGCCAGGAAAUCCAGGAGGGCCCGGACCCCCAGGCCAUCCCUCCCACCUUGGGGGCAACCUCGUGUCCCAGAUGGCUGCAGGUUUCGGAGAGAAGUCCAGCCACGCUGGGAUGGUAUCAGGAUCAAGGGGAGAAGCCGGACCACGAGGACCUUCUGGGAUGCCGGGUCAGCAAGGCCCAACUGGAGGUCAGGGAAUGCCAGGAGAGGCUGGAGAUCCAGGAACAAUGGGAGAGUCGGGUCAGCGUGGACCAGAAGGGCCUCCCGGAAAAUCUGGACCUGAUGGUGAAGCUGGACCUUCAGGUGCUACAGGAGAACCAGGAUAUCCAGGAUCUUUGGGUGGGAGAGGAUUCCCAGGACUUCCAGGUCAUCCAGGACUGAAAGGGCAGAAGGGACAUGUCGGCCUCCUUGGGUCGAAAGGCGAGGCUGGAGCAGUUGGAACAAAGGGUAAAUCUGGCACUCCCGGAGGAAUGGGUGCUCCAGGCCCACAGGGACCACCAGGCCUGCAGGGAGAGAGAGGCAGAGCCGGCCCACCUGGAGCUGUGGGAAAACGUGGAGCAGCCGGCCAUGUUGGCAAGCCUGGUCCUCUGGGUCCAAUGGGUAUCGUUGGUGUUCAAGGAUUCCCCGGAAAUCCAGGAAUGAAGGGCGAAGCAGGACCGACGGGGGUCAGAGGAAGUCAGGGACAGCAGGGUCCCAGAGGGGACGCCGGACACAUCGGACCAUCCGGGCCUUCAGGACAACAGGGUGCCGCAGGAGGUGAUGGAGCUGCAGGAGGCCGCGGCCAAGCAGGUAUCGGAGGUGUGCAGGGUCCACCAGGGCUGAUGGGGCAGCCUGGCCCCCCCGGCCCCCAGGGAACUACAGGAGCAGAAGGACCGAAGGGCCAAUUGGGCGAAGGUGGAUUUCCUGGAUUCAAAGGAGAGGGAGGAGCCAAGGGAGAAAGGGGGGACCAUGGUAUUCCUGGACCAAUCGGCCCGAUAGGAGAUGAAGGGAAGCGUGGAUCCCGAGGGGACGCUGGCGACCUCGGGCCAAUCGGACCUACAGGGGAAGCAGGGGCUCCAGGAAAUCGCGGUUUCCCAGGUUCAGAUGGUUUACCUGGCCAAAAGGGAGCAACGGGGGAGAGGGGACUGCCAGGCUCGCUCGGAUCCAAAGGAUUGGAUGGAGAUGUCGGACGCAUUGGAGAGCCAGGUCUAACAGGGGCUCGGGGUCUGACGGGACCUAUUGGCGCCCAGGGUUCAGAGGGAAAACUAGGACCAAUGGGCUCAGCAGGAGAUGAUGGGAAACCGGGCCCAGCUGGGUCUGUUGGAAACCGAGGUGGAUCUGGACCGAUGGGCCUGCCUGGACCCAAAGGCUUUGCUGGGGACGCUGGGAAGAUCGGUGAGGCUGGCAGCGCUGGGUCUCCAGGUCAAAGGGGGGUGCAUGGAAAAGAGGGAGAACAAGGCGCUGCUGGUCCGGCUGGCCCUGCGGGUGUGGCAGGAAAGAGAGGAGAGCAGGGGCCACAGGGCCUGCAUGGUUUCCAGGGUUUGCCUGGACAGCCAGGAGCACCUGGAGAGUCAGGGAAACCAGGUGAUGAGGGUAUGGCUGGAGAGGCAGGGGCUAGUGGAGCUACAGGUACACGGGGAGAAAGAGGCCCUCCAGGAGAGAGAGGGGAAGUCGGGCCCAAUGGGCUGAACGGACCUAAAGGAGGUCCAGGUGGACCGGGCACAGAUGGGCCAAAGGGAAGCAUUGGAUCAAAGGGUGCUGUUGGAGAGGCAGGAGGACCAGGGCUCCAGGGCAUGCCCGGAGAGAGAGGCAUGAACGGACCUUCAGGCCCGAAGGGAGAUGCAGGCUCUGUUGGAGAGGCAGGACUGGAAGGGAAAGCCGGAGCUGACGGUGGACGGGGGCUUUCUGGUCCUGUUGGACCUCCUGGUUCCGGCGGACCCAACGGGGAGAAGGGGGAAACCGGCCCUUCAGGGCCUACUGGACGCAGAGGAACCAGAGGAGUCACCGGAUCUACUGGUGAGGUUGGUCCAACUGGUGCUGUCGGCUUCCCCGGUACUUCUGGUGUUGAUGGUCAGCCUGGGGUCAAAGGUGAGACAGGAGAGCCUGGCCUGAAGGGAGAGGGAGGCUCACCCGGACCACAGGGGAUGGCCGGGAAAUCUGGAGGACAGGGACCUGUGGGUGUGACCGGACUUAAAGGAGGCAGAGGAACGCAAGGCCAAACUGGCUCGCCCGGUUUCCCUGGACUGCCCGGAGGAGUUGGAACAGCUGGCUCUGCUGGUGCUGUCGGUGCAGACGGGCCUAUAGGUGCUACAGGAAAGCAGGGACCUGCCGGGAUUGUCGGGGACAAUGGAGCUCAAGGACGCCAAGGGGAGAGGGGGACUUCAGGGGCCCCCGGUAGCCCAGGAGAGAAGGGAGACUCUGGAGAGGACGGCCCCGGGGGGCCGGAUGGGCCUCCAGGACCUGCUGGGGCCUCAGGACAGCGAGGCAUUGUGGGUCAGCCUGGAAUGAGAGGAGAGGCAGGCAUGCUGGGACUCCCCGGACCUGCUGGUCCACCUGGAAAAGCUGGCGCUAAUGGAGUUCCAGGCGGCAAAGGGCCCUCAGGUGGAGUUGGUUUGCCAGGAGCCACCGGACCGCGAGGAGACGCUGGCUCCGAGGGUGUCUCUGGAGCAGAGGGGUCCCCAGGGAGGGAUGGUGUUUUAGGAGAGAGGGGAGAUCGGGGUAAUCCUGGUCAAGAGGGUCUGGCAGGAGUUGGUGGGUCUCCAGGAACCGAGGGGCCUGUGGGAAUGACGGGCGGUCCGGGACAAAGAGGCGACAACGGUGCCAGAGGACCCCCUGGACCCCAGGGAGCAGCUGGCAUACGAGGAAAAGUGGGCCCUCAAGGACCACAGGGGGAGAAGGGAGUUUCUGGACUUCAGGGAGAGAGGGGACAGAAGGGACACCGAGGGUUCACCGGGCUCGGUGGUUUGCCAGGAACCAGUGGCGCUACAGGGGAGCCUGGAGUGACGGGCGUUGUGGGACCAGCGGGGCCCAGGGGGCCUCCAGGAGUAUCAGGGCCUCCAGGAAAAGAGGGAAACAUCGGUCAGCCUGGACCAAUGGGGGCUCCUGGAAGCAGAGGCUCCAGUGGAGAACUCGGGGCCCAGGGUCCUCAUGGUGAUGUAGGACCUUCUGGCCCCCCAGGACCACCAGGGCCCCCCACUUCAUUCGUUGACGACCUCUUCGCUGCUCCCUACGACUACGACGGGAAGGGCGGUGUUCCGGAAGCUUAUGAAUUUAUGGAGGACGACAUGGCUGACGUUGCCCGUCUCCUCCCAGAGAUCAACAAAGACGAAGCCCUCCCCAAUAAGAACUCGGCCCUCCUGCGUGCAGACACCGGGGUCCAGGCUUCGCUGAAGACCCUCAGCGGACACCUGCAAAACCUGCGCAGCCCUGAUGGCAGCGAGGGGAACCCCGCCAAAACCUGCCAGGACCUCAAGCAGUGCUACCCCCAGAGACCCAGCGGUGAGUACUGGAUUGAUCCAAAUCAGGGGAGCACUAAGGAUGCCAUCAAGGUGUUCUGCAAUAUGGAAACCGGGGAAACCUGCAUCUCUGCCAAUCCUGCUGAAGUCCCCCGCAAAGCCUGGUGGACCAAAUCCAGCCCCAGCUCCAGCAAACCCGUGUGGUUCGGAGCAGACAUGAACAGUGGAACCAGAUUCCGCUACGGAAAUAACGAGGAGAGGCCGAACGCAGUGGCCGUUCAGAUCAAGCUGCUGCAGCUUCUGUCCAAGGAGUCGCACCAGAGCCUCACCUACCACUGCAGGAACAGCGUGGCCUACAAAGAUGAGAAAUCCACCAACCUGAAGAAGGCUCUGGUCCUCCGAGGCUCCAAUGGCCAGGAGUUGAGGGCGCAGGGCAACAACCGCCUCCGGUACACCGUGAUCCAGGACGGCUGCUCGAAAUCCGACGGACAGUGGGGAAAGACGGUGAUCGAGUACAGGACGGUGACGGCUGCCCGUCUCCCUGUGGUGGACGUGGCUCCCAUGGACAUAGGGAAGCCUGAUCAGGAGUUCGGCCUGGACAUCGGCCCUGUGUGUUUCUCAUAAAACCAGACGGACAGAAAUAGGCUUUUCAUAGAGGAGUGACAUCAGCAGAACAUGAAAGGAUAAGGACUCGUCUUCCUGAGAGCAUACGCGGCGAGGAAGGGUAGCUUCUUGUACACACUGCUGCGUCUCCCAGAAGCCAUUGAAGGUCAGUGUGCUCACUCUGACCGACAGGAUGCUGGAAUAACUUAUUCACCUUGUCAAUAAAUGUACUAUAGAGCACCAGGAGGGGAGUGCAUGUGGGAGGAAAAGUUAAGUCUAAAAGUGCUGACAUGAAACCUAAUUAAAAAAAGCAAGAUUCUAAUGAAUUGUGAACUUGCAUAAACUGGAAAAAAAAACAGCCAAUAAUAUUAAAGACAUGUGGUCUUUAAAACAGAGUGCAUAAGAACUGUUUAUAGCAAAAAUAAAAGCAUUCAAACCUUAUUAAUUUGGCUUUUUCCAGUGAGUGCACACCGAUGUCCGAAUAAAGAAAGGACUGUAGUUAUUGAUUAAUAGUAUAAACCAUGAGCAACAUGUUUGAACUAAUUUAUUACACUUUAAACAGAAACCCUUUCAAUCUCACCUUUCAACUGUAAAUGCAACAUAUGACUGUAAAUGACAUAUUAUUUGUUUGUUGUUAACUAUGGAUGUGGAAUAAAUGUAUGUAUUUGGAAUGCCAUGAAGACAUUCCCCCAAAACCAGAAAGCCAGAGAAGUUGAAUAAACAUUUGUUUCCCUUAAAGAA